AUGACCACUGUUAACAGCAUAAGGCUCCUUAGAGAGAACUUUAGUGAGAGUAGAGUGGUUGAAAAAGUCAUCACUACUCUCCCUGAGAAAUUCGAGUUAAAGAUUUCAUCACUUGAGGACUCGAGAGAUUUGUCAGCCAUUUCACUAUCUGAAUUGAUCAACUCUUUGUAUGCACUUGAGCAAAGGAGAGGAAAUACGCAGGAAGAUCAUCCUGAAGGUGCUUUCCAAGCAAGGGCCAAUGAAGGCUCUAGUUCAAAUCAGAAAGGCAAUAAGCCUUGGCACAACAGAAGGGAAAAACCAAGGAAAAAAGAAGGCAAAAGAUUUGGUCAUGUUAAGAAAGUGUGCAAAGGCAAAGGAAAGGAAGCUACUCAGCAACAGGCUCAAGCUGCUGAGGACCUUCGAGCUCAGGAGGAGCAUGUUUUUACAGCCUCCUGUUUUGCUAGCACAAGUAGAGUCAGAAGUGACUGCUGUUUAAAGAUCUUGACAAAAGUUUUGCUUCAAAAAAUCAGAAUUGGAGAUGGGAACCUGAUUGAAGCCAAAGGCAAAGGCAAUGUGAUGAUCAACACUUGUUCGGGUAACAAAAUAAUUUCUAAUGUGCUUUUUGUGCCUGACAUAGACCAGAACCUACUUAGUGUUGGUCAAUUAGUGGAAAAAGCAUACACUUUGGUCUUUAGAAAUGGUUCUUGCAUUGUCGAAGACUCACUUGGUCAUGAGUUAGUCACAGUAGCCCUAACUGAUAGGUGUUUCAUGCUGGAUGUGAGUCAAAUUGAGAGAAAGGCUUACACUAGUCUUGCUGAUAGCACUGGUCUUUGGCAUAAGAGACUAGGACAUGCCAACUUCAAAUCACUUGAUCUAUUACACAGGCUAAACUUGGUUGAUAACAUGUCCAAGGUUGAAGUCAAUAAUACUGUUUGUGAAAAGUCAGAAGUGUUUGAGGCUUUUGGAAAAUUCAAAGCCUUAGUUGAGAAUCAAGCAGGCUGCAAGAUUAAAACUUUGAGGACAGAUAAUGGCACUGAAUACUUGUCUGAAAGAUUUCAGAAGCUAUGUGAGCAGGCUGGGAUCCAUCAUCAGUGA